AUGGAACGACAGAGUAAAUUUAUUCUAAUGGUUAUUUUUGAAAUUCCAGCAAUUAUUUUAUCGAUACUUAUUUUUAUUUACUUUAUUUUCAAUCGUCCUGCUCGAUCAAAAGUGAAAAAUCAUGGAUGGAUUAUCCUUUUAACUAAUACUUUCUUUCAAUUGAUUUUGAAUUUACCUAUGCCAAUGAGUUAUUUUUAUCUAAACUAUAUUUGGCCAUCAACAAAUGCAUAUUGUGUAUGGUGGACAUGGUGUGAAUACUCUCUAAAUACUAUUGGAUUAUAUCUAAUGGCAUGGAUUUCUAUUGAACGACAUUUACUUAUUUUUCAUGAACAUACAAUAUUUCAAGUACGAUGGAAAAAAUGGAUCUUUCAUUUUCUUCCCAUUGCAUUCUGUUUAACAUGGGCACCCUUAUUUUUUUUUCUCUUAGUUGUAAUUAGUCCAUUUUGUACAAAUGUAUGGAUUUUUAAUUUACCUCUUUGUGGUUUUCCAUGUUAUGGUGGAAAUCAGGUUUUACAUAAAUUUGAUUUUAUCUUUAAUGUUCUCUUUCCUAUUUUAAUCAUUAUGUUAGCAAAUGUAACGUUAAUUAUUCGAGUUAUCUAUCAAAAGAUGUCUCGACAACGUGUAAUUAAUUGGCGACGUCAUUUAAAAAUGAUGUUACAAUUAUGGAUUGUUUCAUCACUCUAUAUGGGUUUGUGGUUACCUUUAAUAAUCACAUUAUUUAUUGAAAUGACUACACAACCAUUAUUUAUGAUUAAUCAACUGGAGACAAUGCAAUUCGCUCCCUAUUUUGUUCCGCUUUUCUUACCAAUGGUAUGUCUCACUACACAACCUGAACUCAUAAGAAAAAUCAAGAAUUUCAUUCAGCGGAUACGACCAACGAACAGAGUUAGUGUCAUAAUUUACAAUCGAAAUAUAGGAAGAACCAUAACUAUUAAUACUGCUCGAUGA